AUGACACUUGAGGUGAACGAUGUGUGCAUAUUGAAAAGUGACAAUUUGCGAGACAACAGACAAUCCAAAUUAUCACAAGAAUCCAAAGAAGAAGCUUAUGUAAGGACACCAGUGAUACGCUACAGUAUUCCUGCUGUAGAUUCUCCACAACGAGAAUCGUCAACAUUCAGAAGUGUCUCCGCCUCGAUUCUCGCUUCAAUCCUCCGUGAUCGUUCUCGCUGCCUUCAACUCAUCAUUUUCGACUGCCGCUACCCAUUCGAAUAUUUUGGUGGACAUAUAAAAGGCGCUAUAAACAUUUACUCGCUGGACGAGCUGGAAACAUAUCUAUUCGACGAGCUUGGUGUGAAAAGUACAAUGGUCGGACUCCUACCAAUCUUCUACUGUGAAUAUAGUCAAGUUCGAGGACCAGCAAUGGCUCGACGUCUUCGAAAAAUCGAUACUCACAGGAAUAAUCAUCGAGCGUUGGACUUUCCGGAAAUCUAUCUACUCGACAAGGGAUAUGUCAAUUUUUGGACAGAGCUGGGGAACAGGGACCUGUGCGACCCACGAUACUAUGUCUCGAUGCAUGCACGUCCAUACAAACACGCUCUCCGUCAAUACACACAACACCACAGAUCGAAAAGUUCGGCGAAUGGACACAAGAAGAAUCAGAUGAGAGUUUUUAGUGCGAAUUCCUUUUGGAAGAGGAUCAAGAGAUACAAGAGGAGGAGACGCAGACGCCGAGAGCACGAUUGGAUUUUUGAAAAAAAAAAAUCAUGA